AAAAACAUGAGCAACAAAAGGCCAAGUAAAUAAAUAAUAAAAGGAAAAAAAAGUAAGAUGGCAAAUCUGAAGAAACAGGCUGCUUCUGGCAACUGCACUAUCCCAUUGCAGUUCCGGUCUCUCCUCCAAGGUGUUGUGUUACUAUGGCAACAAGCACGCGCUGCGCGAGGCUCAGCUCUCUGACGGUUAAUGAUCUCGGACACCGCACUCUCCGUGGACAAACAACUCCACUGGGCAUCCCACACACUGGGUAUCGAACUAAUUUCUGGAAAGUGAGGGUUGCGGCGGGGUAGCGAUAAUGGCCAAGUCCUCUGUUUCUUCGCCGCUGGAGGACUUGGAUUUGAACGGAGAAGAGAUCCAGCGACUCACCUCGGCCUUCAAGGACCCGGAGUUCCAGCGAAUGUUCGCAGAGUACGCGAAGGAGCUCACCGACCCCGAGAAUAGGCGUCGCUACGAGGAGGAGAUCACCGCGCUGGAGCGGGAGCGCGGCGUGGAGGUGCGGUUCGUCCAUCCACAGCCGGGCUACGUUCUGCGCACCAGCCUGGACGGGGAACGGCGCUGCUUCGUGAACGUGUGCAGCAACGAGCUGGUGGGCGCGCCCAGCAGCCGGCCCGGGCCCGGGAGCGCGACGUCGGGCAGCGAGUGGUCCCUGCCCUACAGCCUGGCGCCAGGCCGAGAGUACGCCGGGGGCAGCGGCACCCGCUACACGGUCUACGAUGUGGUUUUCCACCCCGACGCGCUGGCGCUGGCUCGGCGCCACGCGCGCUUCCGUCAGAUGCUGGACAUCACGGCCCUGGAAGCCGUAGAGAGGCAGUUCGGGGUAACGCUGGACUGUAGGAACGCCAAGACCCUGAAGAUCAAGUACAAGGGAACGCCGGACGCCGCGGUGCUGCGCACGCCCCUGCCUGGAGGCGCCCCAGCGCGGCCGGAGGGGGAGCCAGAGAGACCGUUCCCCACUUUCCCCAACUCUUACCAGUGUCCCGCAGCAGUCCGGAUCGCCUCCGAGGGCUCGCAGCCCCAGGCGCCCUCAGAGGCGGUCCAGCAGCCCGCGCCCACCGAGCCCCGUUACAGUGUGGUGCAGCGCCACCACGUGGACCUCCAGGACUACCGCUGCUCGCGAGAUUCUGCGCCCAGCCCCGUACCCCAGGAACUGGUGGUCACCAUCGAGCUGCCGCUGUUGCGCUCGGCCGACCAGGCAGCUCUGGAGGUGACAGACAAGCUCCUGUGCCUCGAAACGAGGAAGCCCGACUACCGGCUGCGGCUUUCGCUGCCGUACCCGGUGUACGACAGCCGCGGCAAAGCUCAGUUCAACAAGGCACGGCGGCAGCUGGUUGUCACGCUGCCGGUGGCGCAGGCGGCUGUGCGCCUCCAGCCGGCCUCGGCGCCGGAAGAGCCCGCCAACCCGUCCGGAACUGACGGCACCGUCUGCGCUUCGACUCACCGCGGGAAGGUAGGCCCCGCCGCAGGUCUUGCGGGCGGUGGGGACUUGACUUCCUGUGAGGCGGAGGCUCUAGGCGCGGGACUCGCCUUCCCGGGCAUCUUCGCGGAGGAGCUGGACUCUGAGCGAGAGGAGCAAGACUUCAGUGAGCGAGCGGUCUCGUCAGCGGGCACCGGGAAGGAGCCACCUCGCGGGGAGGGGGGCUCACCUGGGGACAGUGGCGUAGGUCCUUCUCCAGGGGACCCGACUGGAGGAGCGACUGAGAACGGGUAUCGAGGUUUGGAGACGCCCCUGGUCGAAGAAGGCUCCAGCAGCGAGCCAUUCGGUCGAGCCAUGGGCUUUCCAGGGACCAAGAGUAGGGAACCUAUGUGUCCCCCUUUGCAGUGUAGUCAGGAUGAAGAAUCCCUGACUCUGCUCAUUCAGGUGCCUCGGAUCCGGCCGCAAAGUCUUCAAGGGGAUGUGAAUUCACUCUGGUACAAACUGUGUUUUUCCACGCAAGACUUAAUUCAUUAUUCCUUACUAUUACAAUUUGCUCCAGAGAAUAAAUUGAGUACCAGAGAACCCGUACUUAGCAUUUCUUCGAACAAUGUGGUGAUCCAACUGGCCAAAUCUCCGGAGAGCCGUGGACAUUGGAGAGAGUGGUAUUAUGGUUUAAAUGACCAUUCUUUGGAGGAAAGGCUGUUUGUCAAUGAAGAAAAUGUUAAUGAGUUUCUUGAAGAAGUAUUGAGCUCUCCAUCAAAACAGACAUUACCCCUAACUCCACCAUUAAUUGAAGUUCUUCCAGUUAAUGAUAAUGAAAUUCAAAUUCAUGCAAAGUUGCAAGAAUGUAGUAACUCUUUUCAUCAUGAUGAAAAGGAAGAAAGAGUUAAUGAAGGAAGUCAUGUGACUGAAAAGAAGCAUACACAUUGCCCUACCACCUCAACAGCUGAUUCCAAUUUAUCUGUAGCAGUUCAAAUUUCAGACUUGGACAGGUGUGGUUCAGCUGCAUGCUUGCAACAAGAGUCAUUUGAUAUUUCUCAUAAGCAACCAGAGUCAAAAAUGAAGCCUGAAACUAUGAAAAAAAAAAGUGCCACUUACUCAAAUGAGGGAAAAGAUCAUUUAAAAGAACCAGUAACUGAAGAGAAGAAAUUAGAUGGAGAUCAUUUAUCUUCAUCAUUUAACAAAACUACAGUUGACAACAUACCUGGUUUUGACAACAUAAAGGAAACAAACCUGCAGGAUGGGAGUGUGCAGAUUAUCAAAGAUCAUAUAACACAUUGUGCAUUCAGUUUUCAGAAUUCUUUGCUCUAUGACUUGGAUUAAUUCUAUAUAAUUUUAUAAUGUGAAAGUUAAGAGUAAAACUUUGGUUCUUUUUCUGUUAUUUGUUAGUAUAAAAUAUUCAAGAAAGUAUAAAAUUAUUAUUUUUAUUUUAAAGGAUAUAUACUUUUGCAUGUUAAGUUUCCUUAAUUGCUGUUUUGGUUUUUUUUUUAAUAGAUAAGUAUUUCUUCUAAUAGAAAACUAAACUUGGAGCUAGGUGGUGGUGGACCUGGUGCACAUGUUACAAUGGUUAAGCCCCCAGUCCCCACCUGCAGGGGGAAAGCAGUGCUGCAGGUGUUUCUUUGUCUUUCUCCUCUAUCUCCCCCUUCCUCUCAAUUUCUGGCUAUAUCUAUUCAAUAAAUAAAAAAAGAUAAUUAAAAAAUAAAUAACAAAGUGUUUAAAAAAGAGAGCUAAAUUUUAAUAAAAUAUUUGCUUUCAGCUUCUUUUGUUUCUUGUUAAUAAAGUUUGGGGGAAGAGGAUAUACACAGUAGAAGCACAUCAGUCUCACAUACCUGAAGUCCCAGGUUUAAUCUGGCACCACCAUAUGCCAUAGCUGAGUGGUGCUCUCAUCACUAAUGAAAAUAAAUCUCUUAACAAGAAAAUUAAGUUUCAAAAUAAGCAACUUUUCUAUCACAAAAAAAAAAAAAAGCGUAGGGAUGCAAUUAACUGAAAGUAUGAAUGUGUAUGCUGGGGUAGAAUUUCAAAGCAGUGUUUUUA